ACCUCUUCCCCGUCGUUCCUUUUCCAUCAUUUCCUUUGAUAGCCGGACACCAUUUCCGCUCUAUCUAUUCCCGACCAACUCCAAUCUCGUAUCGAUACGACUGCCAUUUCUUUUGUCUUCUAGUCCACCUUGACGGUCAUCAUUUCUUUUCGGCUUCUUUUCCCGAUACUUUACAUAUUGUGUCGAACAUAUCACCUCUGUACAAUGGCUCGGGCCCCUUUACCCUUCUGUACAAAUUCUCUUUGCUUUCGUGGUCUCUCACCUGGUGUUGAUUGUGAUCUUAUAAAGAGGCUUGUUUACGGUUCGGAUGAUGAAUUCUCACGACGCAGGCUACUAUUGACGGAUUGGUCUUUGCUUUGGGCAUUUUCAUUCAUGAUUACCCCCUCUUGUCGUUCCCUUGUGCUGACCUGUUCUUAUUUGAACAUAUACACCUGCUGCAGUGUGUUAGUACAUAUCCAAGCACACACAUAUUACAUAUCUACCAAUGGUAAUCAGUGUACAGGAAUCGCAGUAACGAGACGUAUUACGACCCAUACAAUGACAAACAGCUUGAAGUGUUACUGAGUAGACCAUGAACAAAAGCAGUAAAUGUAUCCAUUAAGUCAUCUCGUCAUUCAUAGUAG